UUGUGCGAAGACUGAGUAAAGGGGUGUCACACAGUGUCACGGUACAGUUUCACUGUUUCACCAAGAAAUUAAACUUAAUUACUGUGCAUUUAUAAUGGAACAUCAAUAGAAACUCUUGUACAAUGGCUACGGCUAACGAUGAUGAAAUAUUGGAGGGAUUCCUUUGUCCGAUAUGUAAAGCGGACUUGAAAUCUGCUUCCCAACUAACGAGCCACUUUGAAAGUUUACACUCUGAGGAACAGGACGUUUUAAGAUCCUUAAAGGAAAUAUUUGGGAAGGCGAAGAAGAUUAUUUUAAAUAAUGAUGAUUCGGAUUUAAAAGAGACAUUUGACCGCGCGUUGAAGUUUAGUUACCAGGAGCACCGUUGGUUGGAUGAGGAGCAAGUGAUCGGUGUGUCUCGUAGCUCUUCGGAUUAUUUGAAGGCUGUGAGGUCUGCGCGGCUGGAGAGGUACGCGACAGAGACCAACAAGCUGCUGAUAAGGCUCGACAAGCUUGUCUGCAACAUGCCCACUGAACCUAACCAGAGGAAGCAGCAUGAACAAGAGGUUGUACCCUGGCUGGAUGGUUCAUCAGUGAAGCUGUGCCCUAAUUGUGCGAAAGCAUUUAAUUUGACGCGCCGGAAACACCACUGCCGACUUUGUGGUUCCAUACUGUGCCACGAUUGCUCCACAUUCCUAGAUAUUAAUGUAGCUAGAGCAAUAGUAGAUCCAUCAGCGCCUCGCUCGUCGCAGCCGGACCACGAUAUAUCAGAGAGGAAUGGUCUGCGGCUUUGUGAGCACUGUUUCAACCUGAUCGAGUUGAGGAAGCAGGUCCAGGAGAGCCGGAACGCUAAGACUGUGCUGGUUACCGCUUAUGAGCAGAUGAGAAGCCUCAUGGAUCAGGCUAGGCCAGAUGUCGCUAUGUAUGAGAAGAUGUGUCAAAGCCUCUUUGACGGUGAGACGACUUACAAUCUGACGGAUGUGAACAAGAUGCGGGGCCGUAUCGGCAAGCUGGCGGAGGGCAUCGACCUACUGAGCAAGCAGAUAGCCGCCUUCCCCGCCGAGCCCGGCUCGCGUCAGGCGCGUCUGCAGACUGCCAUCAGGCAUGCAGCCGCCCAUUACAUAAAGGAAGACUUGAUAUCUCUAAGAAAGCUGCCAACAGAGGCUCAAAUAGAAGAAGUUCGGCAACAGCGGUACGAGCGAGCUGAGAAGCAAAUACAAAUGGAGAGAGAGAGGAUGGAGCGACAGAGACAAAGGAAGGAGGAGAUCGCGGGGCCGAGCGCCGCCAGGGUCGACACGCGGCAGGAUGACGAGGACAGCCCGCUGCUGGAGCAGAUGAACAUCAUCAGGGAGUACAUCAAGGAGGCGCGGAGGGAUAUGAAGUAUGAGGAGGUGGCAAUAUUGGAGGCGAACUUGAAAGAACUGAAAAAGGAGUACCAUUUACAAAAGCUCUCAAACAAGUCCUAGUCAUUCCAAAAGUAGAUUAAUAUGUAGUACCUAUGUAUAUCACUGUUUUGUAUUAUAAUAUAAUUUAUUUAUCUUAAAAAGAUACACUCAGCUGUUCAUAAUAUUUUGUACCUUAUGACACGUAAGAAUAAGAUUCAUUAUUUAUU